CCCGGGGCUGCGGCCGCGGCCGCGGGGCUGCGGCUCCCCAGCCCCGCCAGCCAGCCCCAGCGCUCCGAGGGAGAGGAGAGGUCUGGACGUGGUGGCUGGACCAGUGGCAGACUCAAAUCCAGGCCAACUGUAUGGCUGUCUGAGGUGUUGGAACAGAAGGAGGUCCAUUCCUGUUGGUGACAGCACUGUGGCCCUGUUCUGGGAUGACCGAGGUAUAAAGGUUUCCCCCAAGAAAAGGCAGCUGAGUCCUUGCAUCUUGUGGCAGCUGGUGUGCCCAGCACUGAGUCCAUCGGAGCUGAAGGCAGCCCGGCCCCUUCUCAUGGGCAGCACCCACCUGUGCUGAGGUCCUGCAGCGGUGGCGGUGUGAGGAGCUGUGCAGUCAGUUGUAACUGAAAAUGUCUGACAGUCUGGAUAAUGAAGAGAAACCCCCAGCUCCCCCACUGAGGAUGAACAGUAACAACCGGGACUCUUCGGCACUCAACCACAGCUCCAAACCACUUCCCAUGGCCCCUGAAGAGAAGAAUAAGAAAGCCAGGCUUCGCUCUAUCUUCCCAGGAGGAGGGGAUAAAACCAAUAAGAAGAAAGAGAAAGAACGCCCAGAGAUCUCUCUUCCUUCAGACUUUGAACAUACGAUUCAUGUGGGGUUUGAUGCAGUCACCGGGGAAUUCACUCCAGAUCUCUAUGGCUCACAGAUGUGCCCAGGGAAGCUCCCAGAGGGAAUUCCUGAGCAGUGGGCACGAUUACUCCAAACCUCCAACAUCACAAAGCUGGAGCAGAAGAAGAACCCACAGGCCGUUCUAGAUGUUCUCAAAUUCUAUGAUUCCAAAGAAACCGUCAACAACCAGAAAUACAUGAGCUUUACAUCAGGAGACAAAAGUGCACAUGGAUACAUAGCAGCCCAUCCUUCGAGUACAAAAACAGCAUCAGAGCCUCCUUUGGCUCCUCCUGUGUCUGAAGAAGAAGAUGAAGAAGAGGAAGAAGAAGAAGAUGAGAAUGAGCCCCCACCAGUUAUUGCACCAAGACCCGAGCAUACAAAAUCAAUCUACACUCGUUCCGUGGUUGAGUCCAUUGCUUCACCAGCAGCACCAAAUAAAGAAGUCACACCACCUUCUGCUGAGAACGCCAACUCCAGUACUUUGUACAGAAACACAGAUCGGCAAAGGAAAAAAUCCAAGAUGACAGAUGAGGAGAUCCUAGAGAAGCUAAGAAGCAUUGUGAGUGUUGGUGACCCAAAGAAAAAAUACACAAGAUUUGAAAAAAUAGGUCAAGGGGCAUCAGGUACUGUUUAUACAGCGCUAGACAUUGCCACAGGACAAGAGGUGGCCAUAAAGCAGAUGAACCUUCAACAGCAGCCCAAAAAGGAAUUAAUUAUUAAUGAAAUUCUGGUCAUGAGGGAAAAUAAGAACCCCAAUAUUGUAAAUUAUUUAGAUAGCUACUUAGUGGGUGAUGAACUGUGGGUGGUCAUGGAAUACUUGGCUGGUGGCUCUUUGACAGAUGUGGUCACAGAGACCUGUAUGGAUGAAGGACAGAUAGCAGCUGUCUGCAGAGAGUGCCUCCAAGCUUUGGAUUUCUUACACUCAAACCAAGUGAUCCACAGAGACAUAAAGAGUGACAAUAUUCUCCUUGGGAUGGAUGGCUCUGUUAAAUUGACUGAUUUUGGGUUCUGCGCCCAGAUCACCCCUGAGCAAAGUAAACGAAGCACUAUGGUGGGAACUCCCUAUUGGAUGGCACCUGAGGUGGUGACUCGAAAAGCUUAUGGUCCGAAAGUUGAUAUCUGGUCUUUGGGGAUAAUGGCAAUCGAAAUGGUAGAAGGUGAACCCCCUUACCUUAAUGAAAAUCCACUCAGGGCAUUAUAUCUGAUAGCCACUAACGGAACCCCAGAGCUCCAGAAUCCUGAGAGACUGUCUGCUGUAUUCCGUGACUUUUUAAAUCGCUGUCUUGAGAUGGAUGUGGAUAGGCGAGGAUCUGCCAAGGAGCUUUUGCAGCAUCCAUUUUUAAAAUUAGCCAAGCCUCUCUCCAGCCUGACUCCUCUGAUUAUCGCUGCAAAGGAAGCGAUUAAGAACAGCAGCCGCUAGGACUGCAAGCCUUACCCCCACCACCUCCCUCCCGAGUAAGGCUGAGGUAAAACUCCGCUGCAGGAAAGAUGGAAGAAAAGACAGUCAAAUGGGGUGGGGCUUCUUUAACUUUCAAAUGAAUAGAAACUUCUUAUAAGCCUUUUUCCUACUCCCUCAGAUUAUGUAAUUUAUUUGUAAGCCUGAAUCGCAGCCCAAACAGGGCAGCAAUGUCGAAGUGGCCAUAAAGUGGUCACUUCCACCGUGAAGCGAAAGAGCCAGUAGUGAAUCCCUUCAUUUUGUGCAUUCACUUUGAAGAAAAAGAGAUUUCUCAAAGAUGCACACUCCCUCUUCAUCGUGUCGUGUUCGUUUUUAAGUUAGAGAGUAGUCCCUCUUGCAUUCGAACCUCCUUCAAAACUCCUUACCCAAUGUGAUGUUUUUCACUUGCAUUGUCAUUAGCUGUCCAGAAAAAAAAAGAUGUCAAAACGUUUUUUUUAAAAAAAGAAAGUAAAAAACAAAAACAUAACAAAAAAACAAAAACAAAAACAAAAACAAAACAAACAAACAAAAAAAACCAGAGCAAGUACUGUGUGAACAUGUGGAAGUCCAUGCCCUAAUAGAGUUGAAAUUUUUUAUUCUUCUUCUAUAGUGGUGGCUUGGUUUGUGUACCUGUUUUUCUGCAUUUGUAUUGGAAAAUGUUUCUUUUAAGACAUUUUCCAAAAGCAGAGAGGAAUAUGUAUGUUCAGGAAGGGCUUUUAAAAACUGUAUAUCUAAAUAAAGUUCAAAUGGUGAAAUCUUAUCACAUUUUCAUGAUGCUGCUUAAGAGGUAGUUGAUUUAUCAUUUGUAAACCAGCUCGUUCAUCUCAUGAUACCUGAAAAAAGACACAUCAAAACUGUGGCACUCCAAUUGGGUGAGUCCAGGUCCUAAACCUAGGAAAUCCUGUUAGGAGAAACCAUACUUAAACACAGCUGGGACUUUCUCUAAGAGCCGAAAGGAAAACAAUCUAAGUGUGCAAUACUGAAAUCCUUGCUGGAUAGUAAGUAAACGAAGAUAAAGAUUCCGAAUUUAAUCCUCUCUUGUGCUUGUGGAACAUAUACACUGUGAAAUUGGCACAUCGGGAGGCAACAGACCCAUUAACUGACAUUUGCUGAUGAUAAGAAUGAUUAAUCUUGACAAUUUAUAACGUUUUAAAUAAUUUUUAAAAGAUCUGGAGAACAGAAAUAUUGUAAGCAUUCAACUCUAUAAGAAAUGGGAGGAAAACUACAUCCCGAUCAACAUUUGGCUUGAAAUAUUUGUUCCCAUUUUACCUGUGUAUCACCAAUUUCUGUCUCCAGAGGCGGUGUGAUCAUCCUUAGUUCUCUGGGCUUUUGAAUUUCAAACGUGUGUGUAAAGAUUUUGAGGUUCUCCAGUGAACAGAAUUUGGGUUUGCAGUCAUAUAGCCCAAGAAACAUCAGUCCAACUGAAUUCCUUUUGGGACUUGGGGAAAAUCUGAAAAUUUGACUGUUAUUUCACCAUGUAUCAGUUUAUUAGGAAUUUAACAGUUGGCACUUCCUGAAUCUUCUGAGAGUAGAAAAACAUCUGGAGGGUGUGUGCAUAGAAAAGGAUAUGCUUCUCUUUCGAGUGUAUUGUCAGUUUUAUAAAUUCUGCUGAGUUGUUUCUCUAAGCCUUUGAAAAGCUAGCAGUUCGUGCAGUAGCAGGCUUCUUGAUCUAUAGUAUGUCAAGAAUCUGAAUAGAACCUAUCUACAUUCAGCAAGAGAGGGAAAGAGAUCAAUGACCUGGGCCUCUCUCCUUCUCUGCCGAGGCACAUCCAUCCAUGUCAUCAUCUAUCCAUUCCUUAAAAUGAAAGCACUUUCUUUAGAGAGUUUCUGCUAACCAUAUAGUGCACAUGUUUAUGUUCAGGAGAUGACACCACUGGUGGAUUUCCUAUUUUCCUAUUGUUUUCUUUGACUAUGAAAUUUGGAUGGGGCUUAACCCUCACCCCCAGAAAAUGUCCACAGUGAGAUACAACAACAAAUGUAAAAAGAAGAUCAAACGGUAAUAUUAAUUUGAAGCUUACUAUGUUAUACGCCACAAAAAUGGCUGGGCCUGAAAUUUUUAAUGCCCUAGUGUUUUCAUAAGAGAGAGAGAGAGAGAGAGGCCUUAAUUUUUAUUUCUUUUAAAAUUAAGUAUUUUUUAAAUUUUUCAUUCAUAGUGCCAGGGAAUUCAAUGAAAUGAUACCUGGGAUGCAAACAGAAUUCGGUCCAUGGGUAACUAAGCCCUGCCAGUGGAGAGAGCCCCAACCCUGGUUGGGAAGCCCUAGGUGUCUGUUAGCAUCCCUUGUAUGUCAUAAAGGCCCUUAUUUUGGUAGGGGGAGACCUGGAGCAGUGAUCCUUCAGAUUACUGUAAGUAGAGAAAUGGCUGCUCUUCUAUGCUUUCAAUUCAGCAUACUAACAACGAGGGGCCCGGUACGUCUUUAUCACAUCCUGUUGUACCAAGAUUUUAUGAGACUAUAUACCCCAGUAGGCUUUACUCUUACAAACUUAUAUCUAUGUAAAUUUUAAAAUGAGAACAGCUUCUAAAGACCCUUCCCCGUGUUGGAGAGUUAUGUAUAUUUCUAAUGAGUAUUAGAGAGAAGCUGUUUCUCCUGCCAAAAUGAUGCUGAAGGAUUCACAUUUGGUACACUUGACCAAGUUGGACUCCAGAUGGUUAAUAGUUUAUUCCCUUUCCCUGGAUUUUUUUAAAGCUCAUCUUGAAACAGGUGAGUCUAUCCAGAUCUUUAAAAGUCGCUGGCGUGCCCUGAGAUAAUGAGGGUGCAUCGUCGAAUGUUGAUUCCAAAAUGUCCUGAGAUAGGGAUAGGGCAGUGGGAAAGUCAGGGAAGGGUGAGAAGCACAGUAGAGAUUAUUUAUUUAAGAAAGAAGAGAACAUUAAUGUUGUAGCAAGGAUCCGGUACGUUGUCAUAAUCCCGUGAGGAUUUUUGGAUGAUUAGAUCCCCUCAAAUCAGUCACCAUGUUGGGUAAUGACUUCGUUCUUGCUGAUCUUGUCUUUGUGUCAUUGUAAAUAUUUGUGUGUCCAUGUUCCAUUUUGGCUACUGGAUGGCCAAGUCCUGUAAGAAGAUUUAACUCAAGUAUUUAUUCUUUAAUUGUGUUAUUCAGAUUUCUUUCAGGCUUGUGAAUUGCACCCCAAUGUUUGAGUUUAACCACCUGAUCCCCCCAUCUUUCCCUCCCCUGUGAAGCACAUUCCAUUGCUAAAAGAAAAAGAAAUACGAAAUUGCUUCCUGUCGUCUGUAUAACUGUUUUGAUAGUUUGAGAUGUUUGUCUAUAAAGGAUAUUUCUCAGCUCAAAGAUCGUGUAAAUAAUUAUAUUCCUUUGCUCAAUGGGUUGUUUAUUUCUAAUAGGGCUGCCAGUUCUCAGAGAGAAUCUAUAAAAUCACUUUUAAAUAACAUAAGCAGAGAUUACAACUAUGUAGAAAUAAGCGUGCAUAUGGACAAAGACUGGGAACACAGAUAAUUGAAAUAAGUUGUGUUAGGGUGGUGGGAUUAUGUGAAAUUUUUUUUUCUUUUCACAAUUUUCUUUGAUGUUGUUAUAAUAUUGCUUUAUAAUAAAUAAACAUCAGAAAGGGGACUAUAGAAACAUAGAAAAGAUGCCGGAAGCAGACACCUUCUGGCCAGAGCCCAGAGCAUGCAGGGCACAGAUAUUUGCUAGUUACAAUUAUUCCAUAGGCUUUAUAUUUGCCUGGGUGCUGAGUUUGGCACACGCUCGGGUAUGGCACGUGCUUUCUUAGGGGACUAGUAUCUAUAAGUUAAGGCUAGGGAGAUGUCGCUAUUAGAACUCCAAACACAUCCUUCUGCUGUAAAACUGGCUGCCCCCCCACUUUGGUAUGGUAUUGAGGUUUCUGUUUUGGUUACUUUAGAUUGGAGGGCUGACCUUCGAUUAGCCCCCUGGAUAACAUCUGUUUCAAGUAUCACCUUUCUGGAUCAUUUUAGUAGAUUUUCAGGUUGAAUUUUAGAAGAAUAGAAGGCUAAGAUUCCCCAGCCCCAGCCACUUCCUUGGCCAACAGGAUGUAACAUCAUUCAGGUAGGAUUUUCUUUUAAUGACCAGUAGGCAAGUCCUGUUGAUUUCAGUAGAAGUUACGACUUACACUUAAAAGCUGGCUGUGAAAACAUUAAGACAAAUAUUUAGAACUGCCUUGGCCUGUUGGCAUUCAGGCACCGUCCUUUUAGCUUUGGCCUGAGAUGGUGGCCUCUAUGUGCUUUCUGUCUUGCCUGAUUAUAGGUUGUACGCAGUAACUACCAUCAUUUUAAAAAAGGGAGACUAGCUACCCCGAGAGAGGAAUUUCCUUCUAAGUCACCAAAGAAAUUGUAGGUGAGGGCUUUUAUAAUGGGGUAGUGGCCUCAGAUGUUCCACAGUCUCACCCAGAGCAGACCUAAUACCCAGAGAACCCACAGCCUUUUCUUUGGCCAUUCUCAACAUACAUCUACUUCAGAGAGUCUUAACCCUGCCAUCCCCAGUUUUGAAUCUCAUGGUCCUUUUCUGAGCUACUCACAGUUAAUAUUCAGUUAAACAAAGGCAUGGCCAGUGAUGCAAGCUUCUCCCAGUCUCUGAGCAAGAAGACUGAAAUUCAGCAUUUGUAAACUGACAGUCUAAUAGGCCUGGGAUUUGGAGUGAACUUAACACACAAUUCUGAACAUAUAUUUGCAUGUGGAUUGGGAAGGAAAUAAAUGGGACCUUGGAAAUAAUGGAAAUAUUUUUCCUAAGAAAGAAUUUUUUCAUAAGAAGUUUGUUUCUGAUAUAAUCUUUCUGUUGGUUAGCUUUCAUGUUUUUUUUCACUCCUUUUCUCAUCCCACAGUCCUUUAGUGACCAAAUGAAUAUAACCUAACUCCUCAUGCAUCGGGAGAGUCUGUUUAAUAUUAAACAAUGUCUAACUGAAUCUGCAAAUGCGGGAACUGAGAUAUCACUUCCAUGCGCACACUUCUGUGUUCAAGUAGACUCUAAUAACAACAGGUAGCACUUACUGCCACGUAUUGUAGUCACACUUGCAAGAUAAACUGAGAGAGGCUGGUUAGUGCCAUCAGGGUCUCCUUUGGAAGCUGCCAUCAGGUGAGUGCUAUCCCAUAAUACCAGCAAUAAGGCAAGUUACCGUGUUCACCUGAUUUAGGACCUAAGAGGAAACCAACAGCAAUUAGAGAGAAUCAGUCGGAUGCAGUGGAAGAAGUACUAGCCUGGAAGUAAGGAUACUUGGAUUCCAAUAUAGGAUCUAUCAGUAACUUACUGGGUGACCUUGGGCAAGUCACUUAACCAUUUUGUGGCCAUAUCCUCAUCUAGAAAAUAAGGCUCUUGGACUGGUUCUGUAAGGCCUUUCCAAAGGCUCUAACAUUCUGUGGUACUAUAGGUUGCCUUGCAAAUUCAACCUGCUAACGUGAUGGCAAAUAUCACCUGCUUAAGCCUGGGUCUCUUAUGUUGCAGUUAAACAAUAGAACUAGGUACAAUAAUGCCAAAAAAAAAAAACCCUCAAGUAAAUGAAGUUAAUAAUACUAGGGAAUGUUGAUAAAACUUGUGGCAGCCUUCUAGUUUUUUCACAGUUGUUUUGUUGUUGUUUUAACGUCCUUUUUCUGUUGAGUGUUCCCAUUUUCAUUUUCCAUACAGUCUGUAUGUCAAGUCUGGGUUUCAUUAAGCUGUGGCCAGUAUUUGCUACUAGAACAGAGAUACACUGUCACACUUGCUAGAGUAGAACUGUACUUGGGCCUCUGCGUUCCUCUGAAGCGGUGUUGGGCUUUCUAGAGUUUACUUCUUAAAUGGCACAAGAUGGCAGAACCCAUGCAUUUUAAUGACUGGGACUACUGAGUGGGCCUAAGCACUUGCAGAUUGCAGAGAGAAAAAGGGAAAGGUGAUUACAUGCUAUUAGCAUUAAGGAGUGUUGACAUAUCUACUUGUUGGGAACCAAAGAUAGCAUUUCUGAUGACAACUCCCCGAGGGAUGGGCCAGUUGGAUGAGUAUGCUACUGGGAAGAGGAUAAACCGAUAGUCAGUGGACAGUCCCAAUGCCCUGCCUACAGCAGUGCCAACCAGCCUUGAGUGUGAAAUUCCGGUUCAGUGUGUGUGCUUGUGUGUGGUGUGCUUUAUGGACCCGCAUAUACUAUAGUCAUUAGUGAUGAUGACACCUUUCAUGGAACUCUAUAACCAUUAGUGGGUUGAAUUUUAAAUCUCAGUACAUCACCAAGGAGGAGACAAGUCACAGGGUAGUGAUGUGUACUGGGAUUAUACUCAUAAUAGCCGGACAAAACCAGUUGAGGAGGAUCUACAUUUCAUUGUUUAUCAGAAUUGUAUCUCAUUUGGCUGUGCAUUACUUUUGUUGAAAUGUGUUAUCUGUAAACCCAUGUGUAGUGAAAUUCUUCUGUAACUUUGGAGUAAAGGUAUUUAUGGUCUUUUUGUUUGUUUGAUUUUUUUCAGUAAGUUAUUUCUUUUGUGGACCUGCUGAUGGUACGAUUCCAUCCUUCUGACCUCAGCAUUCGAUCUUUUUGAGGACUUUUGUUUCCAAUACUGUUAUUUUAAAUUGUGGUUGAAGCAAUAGAAAAUUGAAAUAUGGAUUGUGCAUGACUGUGUCUUGAGUGUAAAAAUAUUGCAGUUUGAAACUUGGACCUAAAGUAUUGCAAAUAAAAAUGACAAACAUCAA